GGAAAUGCAAAUGUUCAUACAAUAUCCUUUCAUUUAAAUAUUGUCAACUAAUUCAUUAUUAUUCUCAAACUGUGUACAUGCCAAACACUUCCGCAGAUAGGACUUGGCCCAGAGUCCUCCUGUUUGUAACUUGGUCUUAUAUUUUGCUUAACUCUUUGUUAAAUAGGAGAUGUUAUUUUCUAUAGGUUUUGCUUUUCUUCAGCAUGUUCUCUAAGAUACUCUAUGCUUGGUGUUAUGAUACUAAAACUCCUUUCCACUCCAACCUGAGUACUGUGUGCAUAAGUUUUCUUCGGCUGCUACGUUUUCUCUGCCCCCCUCAGCAUUCCAGUGAGCAGUAAAAUGCUAAAUGGAGUCUCCUUGAGAUACUUUUCAUAUGACACCAUUGAACAUCUGCAGGUAUUACUACUUACUUACUCAUUUUAUUCCUGAUAUGUGAGCUACAUAAACACAGUAAAAGGUCGCUUAUUUCAUGGGACUUAGAGAUUGUGUAUCUUGGACUCUUAUUUUUUGAAUCCAUGUACAGACGAUAUUCCUCUUCUUGCUUUUUUAGAGACCUUAUGGAACAAUUAAUUAGACUAUCCUUCUCUUUUACAUUUAAUUACAUUUAUUGGACGUGUUGAUUGGACCAGAGUGUUCCUAGAUAUUUACACAUAUUUAGAGACAGUGUCUUUAGAUAGGUUUCUACAAUGGCUGACAUGUCUUCCUGUUUCCACCUUGAGUGAACUUAUUUUCAAGGUUACUAGGGGUCACCGUUACCUCUCUACAGAACUGAUUACUCCAAGUACGAACUUGGCGUCUGUUGCCAGGUGAAUUGAAGAGCAUAGUAAAGAAUAAGUAAGUAAGUAAAAGAGUAUAUAAAAGACUAAAAGAGUAUAUAAAUAUUAGUUAUUUAAAUGUUAUACAACCCCAAAUGAGUAUAGUUCGUAAUUGCUUCAUUCCUAGUACAGUUUGGGGAAAAACCAAUAUUGAUGUACAUCCUUUCUCAAAAAUGAUUUGACCUAUAUGUAUAUUGAGCUGUUCCUUGAGUAGCCAAAAUACCAGUAACGUACAGAUAAAAUGUGAAAGUUACUCCUCAAAUUUGCUCUAAAAUAGACUAUGUAAAUGUAGACAAGUAUUUUUUUAAAAUAUCCUCUAUGAGAAACUUCACUAUUCUAUAGAAAAGCAAAAAUCGCAAACUCUGCUGGUGGCUAAUAUACAGAAAUAAAUCAUAGAUAAUUUUUCCCUCAGCAGUAUAGUGACUUUAUCAAUUAGUUUAUAGAUGUUCUGGUGUAACCUAUUACUAUACUUAAAACAGUUCUCUAAUUCUUUUUUACAGAAUAUGAGCUGGUGAUUGUGCACUUUUUGGUUUUUAAGAGAGCUUUUAAAAUGCAUAGUAAGCAUUUUCUACAUAUGUAUAUAGACCCUCAAUUUCUACUUCCUUAAAUAUUUUUAAAGGCACAAAAGGAGGCUUUAACUUGAAGUUAACUGUCUCAAUUUGCUCUUUCUUUGCAGUCAGGUAGAAUGACAAGGGUGAAAUGAAAGCUCAGUUAUGUGUAGUAAUACAUGUGAAUUACUAGAUAUUAUAAGGAAGAAUUAAAGGGGACCCAAGUUAGAGUUGGGAAACCUAAUGACUAGAGAAACCAGGGAAGACCUCUCUGAGAAAGUGACAUUUAAACUGAGAUAAACAGAAGUUGGUUUGAUGAAGAACAAGAAUGUAGGGAUGGGAGACGUAUUCCAAGCAGAAAAGUAAGAGUGACACUCUGAAGCAUUUUAGAACCAGUCAAAGGGAUAGUCUUAAUUUUCAUUUCUAGUAUUUAGAGCAUCCAGGUUAAUGCAGUAUUUUGUAUCUUUUUCACUUGGCUAAAACAGAAAAAGAAAUAAUAUCAUAAUACUAGCUACAAAGCUUGUGACUGUUUCCAAUAAAAAAGUAUUCCUAGUGCUUUUAAGGCUUAGGAAAACAUUAAUUGGCUGUUCUAUGGACAUAAUAUUUAGUUUUUUGGAAAUAAUAUUUUUCUUGAUUGCAAAGUCAAUAGAUUUUUAUUCUGGAAAACUUUGAAAAUACAGAAAAACAAUGAAGAAAAUAAAAAUCAUUCAUAUUCCUGCUACCCAGAGACAACCACUGAGAGGCUACAUUAUUGGAAUUUUGAAGACAUGAAAACAUCAGAUGAACCAACCUGCAACAUCUUGGAUUCAGAUUGGAAGAUGAAGAGAAAGUUUAAAGAAUGUGGCCUCUAAAGGCGGGUAGUACCUGGAAAUAUUAACCGACUCACACUGUAAAAAUGAGACCGGUUUCUAGACAAUAGAGGUUAUUUUAGUCUGACAUCAAGGUUCAAGACAAAAUGUUGAACUAAAAACUUUACACUCCUCCCCUCCCCCACUUCAGACAGGUACCAGCAUUGGUGAAUAUGAUUUUCCUUAGUCAGAAGCACUCAUUUUUACCCAUGUAGACCAUCCUUAGGAAUUAAAUAUUGGUUAUUUAAUGUAGAUUAUAAUGGGAAACUGAUUUUUUCCACAAUGGCAGAUUUCAAGGACUUGGUUCCAAACUGAGCCGAAGCUUCCCAAUGCAUUUUGUACAGUCUGGGAAAAACUGUGCUGCACUGGCCAUUUUUGAAGGCCAUCAUGCCCUGUAAUAUAAGGAUAUCAUCUUAUUGCUGAUAUCUUUGGAAAGUCCCAAGCAGACACAGAAAAUGAAUGGAGGCAAGGACUGUGACGGAGGGGACAAAGAUGGAGGUCUUCCAGCUAUACAAGUUCCUGUGGGUUGGCAGCGUCGUGUGGAUCAAAAUGGAGUGCUUUAUGUCAGUCCCAGUGGGUCUUUGUUAUCUUGCUUGGAGCAGGUUAAAACAUACCUGCUUACUGACGGAACAUGCAAGUGUGGCUUGGAAUGUCCUCUUAUUCUUCCCAAGGUGUUUAAUUUCGAUCCUGGAGCUGCUGUGAAACAGAGAACCGCAGAAGAUGUUAAAGCAGAUGAAGAUGUCACAAAGCUAUGCAUACAUAAAAGAAAAAUCAUUGCAGUGGCCACACUUCAUAAGAGCAUGGAAGCCCCACAUCCUUCUCUGGUGCUCACCAGUCCUGGGGGAGGAACAAAUGCAACUCCAGUAGUACCUUCUCGGGCAGCAACUCCAAGAUCUGUAAGAAAUAAGUCGCAUGAAGGAAUUACAAAUUCUGUAAUGCCUGAAUGUAAGAAUCCUUUCAAGUUAAUGAUUGGAUCAUCCAAUGCCAUGGGAAGGCUAUAUGUACAAGAACUGCCUGGAAGCCAGCAACAAGAACUCCACCCCAUCUACCCCCGGCAGAGACUGGGCAGCAGUGAACACGGACAGAAAUCUCCAUUCCGUGGCAGCCAUGGAGGCCUCCCCAGCCCAGCAUCGUCAGGUUCCCAGAUAUAUGGAGAUGGCUCAAUCUCUCCAAGGACUGACCCACUUGGAAGCCCUGAUGUUUUCCCAAGAAAUAAUCCUGGUUUUCAUGGAGCUCCCAAUUCUAGUCCUAUUCAUCUAAAUAGGACUCCUCUUUCUCCACCUUCAGUAAUGCUACACGGUUCUCCCGUACAGUCAUCCUGUGCAAUGGCUGGAAGGACUAAUAUACCUCUUUCCCCAACCUUGACUACAAAGAGUCCAGUAAUGAAAAAACCAAUGUGUAAUUUUUCAACUAAUAUGGAAAUACCGCGAGCAAUGUUCCACCACAAACCACCCCAAGGCCCACCUCCCCCUCCUCCACCUUCUUGUGCUCUUCAGAAAAAGCCAUUAACAUCCGAGAAAGAUCCACUUGGCAUUCUUGACCCUAUUCCCAGUAAACCGGUGAAUCAGAACCCUGUUAUCAUUAAUCCAACUAGUUUCCAUUCAAAUGUCCACUCUCAGGUACCUGUGAUGAAUGUAAGCAUGCCUCCUGCUGUUGUUCCUUUGCCAAGUAAUCUCCCUUUGCCAACCGUAAAACCUGGCCAUAUGAAUCAUGGGAGUCAUAUACAAAGAGUUCAGCAUUCAGCUUCAACCUCCCUGUCCCCUUCUCCAGUGACAUCCCCAGUGCACAUGAUGGGGACUGGAAUUGGAAGGAUUGAGGCAUCGCCCCAAAGAUCACGCUCAUCUUCCACAUCAUCAGAUCACGGAAAUUUCAUGAUGCCACCUCUAGGACCCCAGGCCACUUGUAGUGGUAUUAAGGUUCCACCCAGGUCACCAAGGUCAACAAUAGGGUCCCCAAGGCCAUCAAUGCCAUCAAGCCCUUCUACCAAGUCCGAUGGACACCAUCAGUACAAGGAUAUCCCUAACCCAUUAAUUGCUGGAAUGAGUAAUGUACUAAAUUCCCCAAGCAGUGCAGCUUUUCCGACUGCAUCUGCCGGAAGUGGUUCCAUAAAGAGUCAGCCUGGUUUGCUGGGAAUGCCUUUAAAUCAGAUCUUGAACCAGCACAAUGCUGCCUCCUUUCCAGCAAGUAGUUUACUCUCAGCAGCAGCCAAAGCACAGCUAGCAAAUCAAAACAAACUUGCUGGUAACAACUGUAGCAGCAGUAGCAAUUCUGGAGCUGUUGCUGGCAGUGGCAACACUGAAGGACCUAGCACUUUAAACACCAUGUUCACUCCUACUGCCAACAUGCUUCUCCCAACAGGGGAAGGGCAAAGUGGUCGAGCAGCACUAAGAGAUAAGCUGAUGUCUCAGCAAAAAGACUCAUUGCGGAAAAGAAAACAGCCACCUACCACAGUGUUGAGUUUGCUCAGACAGUCUCAAAUGGAUAGUUCUGCAGUUCCUAAACCUGGACCCGACUUGCUAAGAAAGCAGGGUCAGGGUUCAUUUCCCAUCAGUUCAAUGUCUCAGUUACUACAGUCUAUGAGUUGUCAAAGCUCUCACUUGAGUAGCAAUAGUACCCCGGGUUGUGGGGGCUCAAAUACUGCUUUGCCUUGCUCUGCUAACCAGCUGCAUUUUACAGAUCCCAAUAUGAACUCCAGUGCUCUUCAGAAUUCACUGACACAGAACAUACCUUUGAGAGGGGAAGCCGUGCACUGCCACAAUGCAAACACUAACUUUGUUCACAGUAACAGCCCAGUCCCAAACCACCAUCUUGCAGGUUUAAUAAAUCAGAUUCAGGCUAGCGGGAACUGUGGGAUGCUCAGUCAGUCGGGCAUGGCUUUAGGAAAUUCAUUACAUCCCAAUCCACCUCAGUCAAGAAUUUCAACGUCCUCCACUCCAGUGAUACCAAACAGCAUUGUUAGCAGCUAUAAUCAAACAAGUUCUGAAGCAGGCGGUUCAGGACCAUCAUCCUCCAUAGCCAUAGCUGGCACCAGCCACCCUGCCAUCACAAAGACAACAUCUGUUCUUCAAGAUGGCGUCAUAGUUACCACCGCAGCUGGAAACCCACUGCAGAGUCAGCUGCCUAUUGGGAGUGAUUUUCCUUAUGUUGGCCAAGAGCACGCACUUCAUUUUCCAUCCAACAGCACUUCAAACAACCAUCUUCCACACCCCUUGAACCCCAGCCUCCUCAGUUCUCUACCUAUCUCUUUGCCAGUGAAUCAACAGCAUCUCCUAAACCAGAAUCUAUUAAAUAUCCUCCAGCCUUCAGCAGGAGAAGGCAAGUCUGAGAUCAACCUCCACCCUUUAGGUUUUCUCAACCCGAAUGUAAACGCUGCUUUAGCUUUUCUCUCCGGUGACAUGGAUGGGCAGGUAUUGCAGCCUGUUCACUUUCAGCUCUUAGCAGCCCUGCUUCAGAACCAAGCCCAAGCAGCUGCCAUGCUUCCCCUGCCAUCUUUCAAUCUGACCAUCUCAGAUCUUUUGCAACAGCAAAAUACCCCUUUACCCUCAUUAACACAGAUGACAGCCCCACCAGACCAUUUGCCAAGCAAUCAGUCAGAGAACAGCCGAGCUGAGACCCUUUUAACCAGCCCCCUGGGGAACCCUUUACCGAGCUUUGCAGGCAGUGACACUACUUUUAACCCCCUCUUCCUCCCAGCUGUCACUGGGGCCUCAGGAUUAAUGGCCUUGAAUCCCCAGCUGUUGGGAGGUGUCCUGAACUCAGCAUCGGCCAACACCGCUAAUCAUCCAGAGGUUUCCAUAGCAACUUCCUCCCAGGCAACCACUACCACAACCACUACAUCAUCAGCAGUGGCAGCACUGACUGUCUCAACACUUGGUGGGACAGCAGUGGUGUCAAUGGCAGAAACAUUGCUGAAUAUAUCUAAUAAUGCUGGGAAUACACCUGGUCCAGCUAAACUCAACAGUAACUCUGUGGUGCCACAGCUACUUAACCCUCUACUGGGGACAGGUCUGCUUGGUGACAUGUCCUCAAUAAACAAUACAUUGAAUAACCAUCAACUGACUCAUCUGCAGUCGCUGUUAAACAACAAUCAGAUGUUUCCUCCAAAUCAGCAGCCGCAGCAGCAACUUCUCCAGGGGUACCAGAACCUGCAAGCAUUUCAAGGACAGCCCACAAUUCCUUGCCCGGCUAACAGUAACCCUAUGGCUUGUCUGUUUCAGAACUUUCAGGUGAGAAUGCAGGAAGAUGCAGCUCUCCUAAACAAAAGAAUAAGCACUCAGCCGGGGCUCACAGCUCUUCCUGAGAAUCCAAACACCCCACUUCCACCUUUCCAAGAUCCAUCUUGUGAGUUGCAGCCGAGGAUUGACUCAUCUCUUGGUCAGCAGGUGAAGGACGGCCUCAUUGUGGGUGGCCCAGGCGAUGCUUCUGUGGAUGCCAUUUACAAAGCAGUGGUUGAUGCAGCCAGCAAAGGAGUGCAGGCUGUCAUCACCACUGCAGUCAACAGUACAACUCAGAUCAGCCCCAUUCCAGCUCUGAGUGCCAUGAGUGCCUUCACUGCCUCGAUUGGUGACCCAUUAAGUCUCCCCAGUGCUGUCAGUGCAGUCAUUCAUGGACGAAACAUGGGCAGUGUCGAUCAUGAUGGUAGGCUAAGGAAUGCAAGAGGGGCUCGGCUGCCCAGGAAUCUGGACCAUGGGAAGAACUCAAAUGAAGGAGAUGGGUUUGAAUAUUUCAAGUCAACAAGUUGCCACACAUCCAAAAAACAGUGGGAUGGGGAGCAAAGCCCUGGAGGGGAGCGAAACAGGUGGAAGUGUGAGGAAUUCUUAGAUCAUCCAGGCCAUGUCCACAGUAGUCCUUGUCACGAAAGGUCCAACAAUGUCUCCACACUGCCAUUUCUGCCUGGGGAACAGCACCCGGUACUGUUACCACCAAGAAACUGUCAAGGGGAUAAAAUUCUGGAGGAAAAUUUCAGGUAUAAUAACUACAAAAGAACUAUGAUGAGUUUUAAGGAGAGACUAGAGAACACUGUGGAAAGAUGCGCACACAUUAAUGGGAACAGACCUCGACAGAGUCGGGGCUUUGGAGAGCUGCUGGGCACUACAAGGCAAGACCUGGUCCUAGAGGAGCAAUCUCCAAGCUCCUCAAAUAGUUUGGAAAAUUCUCUAGUCAAAGACUACAUCCAUUACAAUGGAGACUUUAAUGCCAAAAGCAUUAAUGGGUGUGUGCCUAGCCCUUCAGACGCUAAGAGCAUUAGUAGUGAAGAUGACCUAAGGAAUCCAGAUUCCCCUUCUUCAAAUGAGUUGAUACAUUAUAGGCCAAGGACGUUCAACGUUGGCGACUUGGUCUGGGGCCAAAUCAAAGGACUCACUUCUUGGCCUGGAAAAUUAGUAAGAGAAGACGACGUUCACAAUUCAUGUCAACAAAGCCCCGAGGAAGGGAAGGUGGAGCCCGAGAAGUUGAAGACACUAACAGAAGGUUUAGAAGCCUACAGCCGAGCCCGGAAAAGGAACAGAAAAAGUGGAAAGCUAAAUAACCAUUUAGAAGCUGCUAUUCAUGAGGCCAUGAGUGAACUGGACAAAAUGUCUGGGACUGUUCACCAAAUCCCACAGGGAGACAGACAAAUGAGACCCCCCAAACCCAAGAGGAGGAAGAUCUCCAGAUAACAGGGACUACUCCACCAAUGCGCAGUGUUUAUUAAAGGAACGUGCACAGAUAUUAUCUCUAUAUAGGUAUUGAUAUAGCCACUGUUAUAUCAGUAUUUAUACUAUGGCAGAUAGCUACCACCACCACAGGGUGCUAAAAGAAACAGUGAUACGAUAUUUUUUUUUGGUGAGGAAGGAUAAUGAAUGCUGGAAAACCAAUCAAAAUCCCUGAAUGAUGAGAGUAAUAAAUGGUCAAGAGAUUACUGAGAAACUUUUUCUAUAAUACUAAAAUUGUGAUUAUAAGAAAUGUCCACAUGUUUCUGAAGAAUUUUCAAUGUUGUAUAUAGAAAAUGCAGAAUUUCAUGGCGAUAUCAGAAAUGUAAAUAUUGUACAAUAUUGUCAUGUACAAGCGUACCUAAUGCACACUUUAUCUUUUAUUGUACAAAGAAAUAGUGUACAAAAUCCUUUGGUUUCUAUGGAGUACACCUACCAGAGACUACCAGUGUAAAGUGAUAAAUAAAAAUACAACCUAAAUGCUUUUCUAUGAUAAUGUAAAAGAUGCUGUUUUUGUAUUUAACAGCAGAGAAAAGGCAUGACGAUGUAUUACCUGAAUUAUGACAUACAUUGCACACCACCGAGUGUCCAUUUCUAUUGUCUGUUUGGAAUGAACCUUAUCCGGAAGCACUGGACCCGAUUUCGGGUGCCUAGGAAAUCAAAACCUUGCAGAUUCCUAAAGGGAUGAGGGCUCACAGGUCUAAAUUAAGAAUUCAGAAACUGCAACCAUUUGUUGCAUAUUUUUUUUACCUAAGUUUUAAAGUAGAAUAGGUUUUAUAAAAAAAAAAUCUUAGAUGGAAUAUUUUACUCAGUCAUUUCUGUAGUUAAUGUUUGAUAGCCACCUCUUGACUCAGAUAGCUUAGGCCGCACCACCACGGAUGCUCAGAGUUGAAUUUUUUUGGCAAACAAUACCGGACAAGAUAAAACUCUGUUUCCACACCAGGAGGCAAAAGCCCCCCUUCAAAACCAUUAUCAGAGGUAAGGUUGAUUAUAAGUCAGUUUUCUUGUAGUGGCAAAAAAAAAAAAAAAAAAAAAAAAAAUACCAAUCAUCACAGCAAGUGUCAUAGCCAUUCAUCAGUAUUACUCAAACCAGAAGUGAAGGUGGCUUACAAAAUUAUUAGCAAUGGUAAUUUUUUAUCAGUAUUAUGUAACAUAUCAGAUUUAUUUUAUUUAAAGAAUUAUUUAUACCAUUAACAGAUUCUUAUAUAUAUUAAUGUGGCUGAAAUGUGCAGGUUAAAUCUAUUAACCAAAUUAUUUAUAUUAUAUUAAGUAAGAAAAAAAAUGUGAAACAAAUGUAGAGAGAAAAUACUACAUUACAAGUAUACAAACCUAAAACUGUGAGCCAUUGUAAAGUACAAGGUUAUUAAUAAGAAAUGUAGCACAACAUGA